AUGUCUUCAAAGUGCAAAAAUGUGAUGCCGCACGAGACUCCGAACGUGAAGGAGCACUACGUGAUUGGGAACAAGGUACUAGGAAAAGGGCACGUGGCGACAACAUACGUGUGCACUCACAAGGAGACAAAGAAGAGGUAUGCAUGCAAAACGAUCCCAAAGGCGAAGCUGUUGAAGCAAGAGGACUACGACGAAGUGUGGAGGGAGAUUCAGGUGAUGCACCAUUUGUCGGAGCACCCCAACGUGGCCAGGGUGCAGGGAAGCUACGAGGACAAAUUCGCCGUGCACCUUGUCAUGGAGAUGUGCCGUGGCGGCGAGCUUUUCUAUAGGAUCACUCAGAAGGGUCAUUACAGCGAGAAAGAGGCUGCCAAGUUGAUGAAGACCAUUGUUGGAGUGGUCGAGGCUUGUCACUCUCUUGGGGUCAUCCAUAGGGAUCUCAAGCCUGAGAAUUUCUUGUUUGAUAGCCAUUCCGAAACUGCCACCAUCAAGGUCAUCGAUUUCGGAUUCUCUGUCUUCUACAAGCCAGGACAAACGUUUAGUGAUAUAGUAGGAACUUGCUACUACAUGGCUCCUGAGGUUUUACGCAAGCAAACUGGACCAGAAGUGGACGUAUGGAGUGCUGGUGUUAUCCUAUACAUCUUACUGAGAGGGCACCCACCUUUCUGGGCAAAAUCCGAAUCAGCAAUUUUCCAAGAGAUUUUACAUGGAGAGAUUGAUUUUGUUUCUGAUCCGUGGCCAAGUAUAUCAGAAAGUGCUAAGGAUUUGAUAAAAAAAAUGUUGGAUAAGGACCCUGAGAAAAGAAUCUCUGCUCAUGAAGUCUUAUGUCACCCUUGGAUUGUUGAUGAUAGUGUUGCCCCUGACAAACCUCUGGACCCUGCUGUUUUGACACGCCUAAAGCAUUUCUCAACAAUGAAUAAACUUCAGAAGAUGGCAUUACGUAUCAUAGCAGAAAGACUUUCAGAGGAAGAAAUAGGCGGAUUAAAAGAGUUAUUUAAAAUGAUUGAUGAAGACAAUAGUGGGACAAUCACUUUUGAGGAACUCAAGGAUAGUUUGAAAAGUGUGGGCUGUGAUCUCAUGGAAUCUGAAAUUAAAUCCCUUAUGGAAGCGGCUGAUAUAGACAACAAUGGAACAAUAGACUAUGGUGAAUUUCUCGCUGCUACACUGCACUUGAAUAAGAUGGAACGAGAAGAGAAUUUGGUUGCUGCUUUUGCCUAUUUUGAUAAAGAUGGUAGUGGCUACAUCACCAUUGAAGAGAUUCAACAGGCUUGUAAAGACUUUGGCCUUGGUAAUAUGCACCUGGAUGAGAUAAUCAAUGAGAUUGAUCAAGACAACGAUGGGAGAAUUAAUUAUUCAGAGUUUGCAGCAAUGAUGAGAAAGGGUGGUCCAGAUGUUGGUAGGAGCAGAAAAGGCAAUUAUACAGCUUCAAUAUUGGAUGUGCUUGUGGAGUGAAAGACUCAUCUUUAAUUUAUAUGCUAACUAGCACAACACUGUGUGUUCG